GCAGAGAGGGGUGGAGGACACUGAGUGGAGGCCAGUGGAGGGAUUGGCAGAGAGGGGUGGAGGACACUGAAUGGGAAUCCAGUGGAGGGAUUGGCAGAGAGGGAUGGAGGACACUGAAUGGGAAGCCAGUGGAGGGACUGGCAGAGAGGGGUGGAGGACACUGAAUGGAGGCCAGUGGAGGGAUUGGCAGAGAGGGGUGGAGGACACUGAAUGGAAGCCAGUGGAGGGAUUGGCAGAGAGGGGUGGAGGACACUGAAUGGGAAGCCAGUGGAGGGAUUGGCAGAGAGGGGUGGAGGACACUGAAUGGGAAGCCAGUGGAGGGAUUGGCAGAGAGGGGUGGCAGAUACAGAACGAUUGACUGAAGAGGGAACAGCCUGCGAUUAGUUAGGCCAAUGAGGAGGGA